GGAAAAGCAGCAGCAGCGGUGGUGGUAGUGGUUCACCUUCUCAAACAAACAGGAAGCAUUGCGCACCACCUGAGAGACCUGAGUUCUGCGUGGAGAGGCGGCACACUUUCUGUGCGUGAAACUACUCUGCCGUGGAGAGGACACAUUAACUUUCCUCCGUCUGUUCCCAUUCUCCAACCACCUCACCACCACAGUGUCUGAAGAUGCAGUGUCCCAGCAGAUAUCCAGACAACCCCAGCAGGGAGCAGAUGCACAGGAAAUAAGAGACUCUAGGAAACUGCAGGUCCUUAUGGUUGAGGUGGUGUGCGCUGCCCCUUGCCAUGCCUCCUGCAAUGACAGACCUGCUGGAUAUAUGGGCGGCCCACUCGCCCCUGGCCGGCCACGCGUUGGACCACAUCACUGUGGACUUCCUGCUGCCCACCGGCAUCUACAUCCAGAUGGACGUCCCACGAGAGGCCACCAUUCAGCACAUCAAACUGCUCUUAUGGAAGCAGGCGCAGUCGUUCCCCCUGUUUCCCUCGUUGGGCGAGAUGGAGAGCCACAUGUUCGAGUGCGUCAACCAGGCGGCGGUGCACGAAGAGCUGGAGGACGAAACUCGCCGGCUCUGCGACGUCCGCCCUUUCCUGCCGGUCCUCAAGCUGGUGACGCGCAACUGCGGCCGAGCGGAGCGACUGCUGGACUCCAAAAUCGGCGUUCUCAUUGGCAAGGGUCUCCAUGAGCUCGACGCCAUUAACGACCAGGAGGUGAAGGACUUCCGCAGCAAGAUGUUCCGCCUCAGUGAGGAGCGCAUGCAGCAGGUGCAGAUGAUGAACUGCACUGAGUGGCUGCAGGCCUGCUUCUCCCCCCAGCUGGAGCCCCCUGCAGUGGCGAUGGCCAUUACCGACGGGCUCAGUGAGCGCCCGGUGGACCUCAAAAUCAUCAUCCACCUGGACCAGUCUCAGGACUCGGCCAGUCUGAAGGUGUCGUCCUCCUGCACCCCCCCUGAGCUGAUCGAGCUGGCGGUGAGGAAAUGGCUGACCACCCACGGGCCGGAGGAGGAGUCGUGGAGGGGGCAGCACGUGCUGAGGGUCAGCCACUGCCUGGAGUUCCUCUGUGGAGAGCAGCCCCUCAUCCAGUACAAGUACAUCCGCACGUGCAUGCAGGCCAAGGAGUCCCCUCACCUCACCCUCGUGCACUCCAGCACCAUCAAGGUGAUGUUCGACAAGGAAAUCUGCGCCAUCGGAGCCGUGGUCAGUCGCAAGUCCUCCAACCCCCCUCUACCACUACCUCCCAAGAGACGGGUUCCCACGCAAGUACAGACAUGUGUUUGGGACGUGUCUGCCCCCUUUAAGAUUGUCCUGGUGAAUGGCAGCAAGGUGAACGCUGAAGAGACUGCCAAGGUCCAGGUGAGGGCGGGGCUCUUCCACGGCACGGAGCUGCUCUGCAAGCCGGCGGUGAGCAGCGAGAGCAGCGGCCGCUCGGACCACACGUGGAAGGACAGCACGCUGGAGUUCGACCUGUCCGUCUGCGACCUGCCGCGCAUGACCCGCCUCUGCUUCGCCAUCUACGCCGUCAUGGACAAGGUCAAGAAGCAGAAGUCCACCAAGAACUCCCACAGUAACAAGUACCAGACGAUCCGCAAAGCAGGGAAAGUGCACUACCCCAUAGCCUGGGUCAACACCAUGGUGUUUGACUACAAAGGCCAGCUGAAGACCGGAGACAUCAUCCUGCACUGCUGGUCCUCCUUUCCGGAUGAACUUGAAGAGAUGCUGAACCCAAUAGGAACCAUUCAGACCAACCCGUACACAGAGAACGCUACGGCGCUGAACAUCCACUUCCCAGAGUACUCGUCACACUCCAUCAUCUUCCCUCCCUUCGACAAGAUACUGGAAAAAGCCGCGGAAAUCGCCGGAGCAAGUGACAUCGUACCAAUGGGCCGUGGGGGUAAGAAGUUCCACAUCGAGCUGAAGGAGAUCAUGGAGCGCGACCCUCUCUCUCAGCUGUGUGAGAACGAGAAGGAUCUAAUCUGGACACUACGCUACGACUGCAUGGAGAACUUCCCUCAGUCGCUGCCCAAGCUGCUACUCUCCGUCAAGUGGAGCAAACACGAGGACAUGGCCCAGCUGCAGGCUCUGCUUCAGAUCUGGCCCAAACUGAGUCCCAGAGACGCUCUGGAGCUGCUGGACUUCAACUACCCCGACCAGUAUGUGAGGGAAUACGCUGUGGGCUGUCUGCGGUUUAUGAGUGACGAGGAGCUGUCCCAGUACUUGCUGCAGCUGGUGCAGGUGUUGCGGUACGAGCCGUACUACGACUGCGCCCUCACACACUUCCUGCUGCAGCGCGCCCAGGGGAACCGCAAGAUUGGACACUUCCUCUUCUGGCAUCUCCGGUCGGAGAUCCACAUGCCGGCUGUUUGUGUGCAGUUCGCCCUCAUGCUGGAAGCCUACUGUCGGGGCAGCAUCCCUCAUAUUGAGGUCCUAAAGAAACAGGUGGAGGCUCUGAGUAAACUGAAGUCCGUGAACGAGCUCAUCAAACUGGGAACCAUCAAGAACGCUCGCAGUAAGACCAAGGAGGCCAUGCUGACCAAGGAGGCCAUGAUGACCUGUCUGAGGCAGAGCGGAUACUAGACGCUGUCGGACCUUUACUCGCCUCUGAACCCAAACAUCCUGCUGUCUGGCAUCAAUGUGGAGAAGUGUCGCUACAUGGACUCUAAGAUGAAGCCCCUCUGGAUUGUUUACAACAACAAGCUGAUGGGGGGAGACACGCUGGGAAUCAUCUUCAAGAACGGAGACGACCUGAGGCAAGACAUGCUGACCCUGCAGAUUCUGAGGUUGAUGGACCUGCUGUGGAAGGAGGCGAACCUGGAUCUAAGAAUCGUACCGUACGGCUGUCUGGCGACGGGGGACCGGGCCGGGCUGAUCGAGGUGGUCUCGUCGGCGGACACCAUCGCUAACAUCCAGCUGACCAGCAGCAACGUGGCCGCGGCCGCCGCCUUCAACAAGGACGCUCUGCUCAACUGGCUCAAAGAGAGGAACACUGGCGAUGCUCUGGAGCGGGCCAUCGAAGAGUUCACUCUGUCCUGUGCGGGCUACUGUGUAGCCACCUACGUGCUCGGCAUCGGAGAUCGCCACAGCGACAACAUCAUGGUCCGCAGCACCGGACAGCUCUUCCACAUAGACUUCGGACACAUCUUGGGAAACUUCAAGUCUAAAUUCGGCAUCAAGCGAGAGCGGGUGCCGUUCAUCCUCACACACGACUUCAUCCACGUCAUUCAGCAGGGCAAGACGGGCUACACGGAGAAGUUUGGCAGUUUCCGUCAGUACUGUGAGGAAGCCUAUCUGGUGUUGAGGAAGAACGGGAACCUCUUCAUCACUCUGUUCGCCCUCAUGCUGACCGCUGGACUGCCCGAGCUCACCUCUGUCAAAGACAUCCAGUACUUAAAGGACUCUCUGGCUCUGGGUAAGACAGACGACGAGGCGCUGAAGCAGUUCCGGCAGAAGUUCGACGAGGCUCUGCGGGAGAGCUGGACCACCAAAGUGAACUGGAUGGCCCACAACGUGGCCAAAGACAACCGCUCCUAGAGCAGCUGGGAUCCCUCACAGCUGGGGGGUCAGAGGUCAGGGGGACACGGGGAAGGAGUGUGCGGGAGGGGGGAAAGAGAGAUUGGAAGAAGGGAAUCCAGCAGAGGAUCUGAAACCCUCCUCCACAUACUGUACAGCUUCCCUUUCCGUCUGUAUCGCUCUGGCACGGUGCCUGCUGAUAAAAUCCAAAGUCAUGGUCUUAAGACAUUUCUGCAGAGUCAUGGUGGGUGUAGUCGUUGCGAGUUUUGCACAGCAGCAGCGGGUGGAGCACGCAGCCAAAGGAAGGGAAGUGAAGCGCCCACACUAAAGAAUGAACUGUCCCCCCGGAGCUCGUUCACGGCGAGGAGGAUUCCUCUCAGACGGACUUUAAUCUCGGCUCGUACGGACUCUGAAGGGGCGCUCGGUUUGACCACGCCCCAGAACUGCUUUACCUACAGCGGGGAUAGGUGUCAAGGGGGCAGAAUCGGAAAAGACACAAACGUCUGACCCCCAAAAAAAAAAAACAAUGUGCACAAACGGCCACAGGAAGUGCAUCUUAACACUCCCGCUGCCUCAAAGUGUGCCUCAAAACUGCGGGAAGAUUGUAUUUUUUAUGAGUUUUCUUUUUUGUUUCUUUUUGCCAUUCAAGAGUUUAUCAAGAGACGUGCCAGACUACUUUAGCAGUCCACAGAGAGAGACUUGUUUUAGGGAAUAAAGUGGGUCCACGGUUUGGAUCUCAGAUAUAUAUAUAAUAUAUAUAUUGGACCAUUGAAACACUGGAAUGUCGACACAAAGCAGAAGUGGUCUUUUCAUUUUUAAACUAAACACUUUAUUUUUUAAGACGCCUUUAUUAUGAAAUGACAAUUCUUUCAAACUUUGCAAAUCAAGAGCAUCACUAGCCAACUUGUCCUAAAGUCUAAAAGGAUGUCAAGUCUUUUAAAGCGCCCCCCCCCCCCUCCUCAUACUCUCCGAGGAAUAACUUUUAACAUGUUCGGACCAAAAGAAAGAGCAACUGUUCCGUCAUUUCUUUGUUCAUACUGUGUUUUUGUGUCUGAAUUGAAUGUGAAAACAUGUGCCGCUCUCUUUUUAAAUGUUUUAAAAUUUGUUUUUAUACAAGCAGGUGUGGGUGGAGUCUGUGGGGCGGUGUGGGCGGGGUUUCUCAGUAGGGACAUUACACUGCGAUGCAAAGCUACUUCCUGGUUUGGACACACGGUGCUCCAUCUGCAUCUGUGUUUGAUUUUCGUGCAAUAUCCGAGUAAAUGAACCGUAUCUUAUUCUAUUAAAAAACCUUGGGCUCGGUCCUAAGCCUAUAAUGGUUUCUCUCUGUUGGUUUACGCGUGAUGCAGCUGUACUUUGCACCACUGGCCUUCAAACCGUCUCAGACACUGGAUAUUGUCAAAUGUACAGGCUUUCAUUGUUUUGCUGGUUUUUGUUUUCAUAGAAGUUUUAUUAAAGUUAUUUUCCACCGUGCUGCA